AGUUGCCAGGGGCUGUUAUGGUCGUUGGAGCAGCCACAGGGACUGUUAUGGUGGUUGGAGUAGCCAUAGGGCCAGUCUGCAGGGCUUGAGUAGCCACAGGGCCUGGCACAGGGGUUGGAGUAGCCGCAGGGCCACAGGGCUUCAGAGGCCACAGGUCAAGGAAGGUCCCAGGAAAGCAGAGGGGCUCAUCCUGGUGCUUCCCACACACCUCUGGGCCCUCAGACUUGCAGGGCAGCUCCUGGGCUGACCUGGGAGAGGGGCAUUGCCACCAGGGCCUGGGCUCUCUGUUUCCUGCUGGUGGCUGCAAUCAUGGAUAUCUGGAGCCAUGGGAAGAUGUCAGGCUAUUUCCUCAACCUCUACAGGGUGGAACUCCCACACUUGUUCAGGGAACUCGGAGUGAGAGAGGAGGAAUCCCCAUCUUCAUUUAUACACCUUCUGAAGACUAAGAUGAAAGUCCGACUGAUGGAAAAGACUCUGGCAGAGAAAGAUGAGGCCUUCAGGGAGAGGAUGAAAGUCAUCGUCGACCGGUGGAGGGCCCUGCACGCCAAGAGGGCUCAGCUGAAAGACCACGUGCAGAAGUCUGGGAAAAUUAUACAGGAAAAUGAAGAGGUACGAAUCCUGGCUCUGAAGAUAGACAGCAAAGAGAGAGAGGAGAAUAUGCAAAAGGAGAGUGAGCUUUUGAAAGCUAAGAUGAAAUUGGAAGCCCUCAGCAAAGAGCACCAGAAACUCUGCAAAAAAGUACAGAAAUACUCUGUCUUCAAGACAUACCUGGAGGACGUGGUGAAGGUCUCACAGUUUGAGGACAUCCUGGAAGUCAUUUCACGGUAUGCGUUGCUGGUGAGGACACACAAGGACCUUCUGCAGUCACAACAGGGGCACAAGGAACUGACUGAGCAAGACAAGGUGCUCCUGGAACAAUACAGGGCAGAGAAAGAAGCUGAGAUGCUUCAGUACAAAAGCAAGCUGGCGCAGCUCAAACUACGUUUUGACCAGGCUCAGACUGACAUCCGCCUCUGGGAGACCUGCUGGACUGACAUCCAGAAUAGGACUUCCAAGAAAACCAAGAAGCUUUGGACCAUCAAGCUAGCCAUCCACGACCUUUUCCAGUCCACCAACAUGCGGCUGAAUGCGGAGUGUAAAGUGUCGGUGGAUGACAGCCUCAAACAGCUGGACAUGAUAAAGCAGUUUAUCCAGUACCUCAAAGACGUCCAUCUCUAUGGGGGACAAGAAGAAGCACCAGCGAGCAGCUACACCGAUGAAGCCAAAGGGGACCUGACCUGCCCUGACAACAAAGUUUCAGAAGGUUGGGAAGAGAAAGAGGAGAACCCUACAGAUAUUGUAGACUAAAAUAAACAAACAAACAAACAA